GUAGUACACAAAACAGGAAGCUACGACAGAUGUAGUGGCGUGAGAGAGUUGACAGAAACGUUAGGCAUUUAGUGUGAAACUGGAAGCAAAAUCUCAUUACAACUGUUUAUCUUGAAAACUCGCUAUAUAUUUUUCCUAUUGUGUAUUCGGGGAAAACGCCGGCUGUUUAUGUUACUAUUGUCUGUAAGCGUAACAUUAACCUAUUUGAAUUACAUAUAUAAUAUAGGACAUUUGUGCGUCUUCUCUGGGCCAAUCUUCAGUCGUACACCUAACUGCCCUGUCGUUCUGUUCUAAACCCCUACCUGACGUUUUUCUUUUGUCCCGAGCUUGAGGUCAACGUUGUACCCUAUUUGAACCUCCUACUGCUUUGCUGUUUCACAAAAAGUUUUAUGUAGGUUCUCUGUGUCGAUUCUUUGCAUGGCAUCGAGUAAAGACAAAGUUUAUCGUGGAAAGCUGAAACGAGCUGGUUCGCUAACAAUGAAAGAACCGCCGGUGAUCACAAACGUCAGCGGCGAUAGAGUUUUCCGUCUUGAGGAAUUUGACAUUAUCAAAACAAUAGGUACAGGUACCUUUGGGCGAGUAUCUUUGUGUAGAGAUAAAGUAACGACCAGCUAUUAUGCAAUGAAAAUCUUAGAGAUGGCCGACGUCAUCAAGUUAAAGCAAGUGGAACAUGUGAAAAACGAAAAGACCAUUCUUCAGCAAAUUAGACAUCCCUUUAUAAUCAACAUGGUAUGGACAACACACGAUGAUACGUCGCUUUACAUGCUAUUCGAGUAUGUUUGUGGUGGCGAAUUGUUCACGUACCUCAGAAACGCUGGUCGUUUCAGUAGUAUCAUUGGAAGUUUCUACGCUGCAGAAGUAGUGCUAGCCCUGGAGUACCUUCAUAAGAAACAAAUAGUUUACCGUGACUUGAAACCCGAAAACCUAUUGUUAGACAGAGAUGGACAUCUGAAAUUGACCGACUUUGGUUUUGCCAAAAUUCUGAAUGAUAGAACGUGGACCUUAUGUGGAACGCCGGAAUAUUUAGCACCAGAAAUCAUCCAGAGUAAAGGUCACAACAAAGCUGUAGACUGGUGGGCUUUAGGAAUUCUCAUAUAUGAAAUGUUGUCUGGGUAUCCACCGUAUUUUGAUGAGAACCCGUUUGCUAUAUACGAGAAGAUCUUGGCAGGAAAGAUUGAGUGGCCGCGACACAUUGACCCAGUUGCUAAAGAUCUAAUAAAGAAGUUAUUAGUUCAAGAUCGAACAAAAAGAAUAGGAAACAUGAAGAACGGAGCUGAAGACGUUAAAAGACACAGGUGGUUUAAGGGAACCAUCUGGGAUGAUAUACUCAACAAGAGAGUCAAGCCUCCCGUCAUUCCCAGUGUGAGCCACAAUGGCGACACUCGAUACUUUGACCGUUUUCCAGACAAGAAGUGGAAAAACGUCAAGGAAAAAGUAGAAGAUGAGGGAUUAGCGUAUUUUAAAGAUUUCUGAACGUUCCUAAAAUUUAAGUUAUAUGAACAGCCUGAUGAAAAAACUUAUCGAGAGUCAAUGGAUUACAUUAUUAUACACAACUGUGCUAUUUCUUUCGAGAACAUUCGUGUACAGGAAGUUACUGAGGAGUAUUAAAAAUGUUAACCUUUGAAAGUAAGUUUUUAAAAUCAGUAUGUUACUGAGAAAAUUAUUUGGGGACUUUGGUGUAAGUUACUAUCAAACUAUUAGCUUUUCGUAUAAAAACUGUUGAUGCUUAGUACUAUAUUAAUCCUCAAAAAUUAAUUGUAUAUAUAUAUAUACAAGUCGUGAAACAGUUCAUUAAGCUUAUCUCUACAGUUUAUAAAUAUAAAACUAAUUUUACUUUAUUUCCAAAUUGUAUUUCGUAUAAACGUUAAUUAGUUAUUUUAAAUAAUCAAAGUUUCAACAGCUUAAGUAUUAAAUUAAUAUGUACCAUUGUGACAAAAAGAUUACAAUUUAAUCUGUAUAAAUCAUUGAAGAAGGUCCUAUUUACUGAGUGGAUAAUUUCGAAAUACGUAAAAAUGAAGAAACUUGUAGUGGUUAUAAUUUAUUCAUUUGGUUAUUAUGUACACUCGUCCAGUAAAUGUUAUAUGCGUGUAGUAUUUUAUUUCUCCCGUAGUCUUGUAUCAUGUAAUCCAUAUAUAUAUUAUUUCAUUUUAACACACUCAGAAUUAAAGUGAAAUAUUCAUACGUUUUGGGCGAAUGCUUUGGUUCUGAUUCGAAUAUAAAAGUUUACUGUACUUAGUAAAAACCAUCAUUAUUUUUACUAGUCAGAAUAACAUGUAAGGUUUCAUGAUUAAAAAGACGAGGAUCUCCUUAUAAAAAAUAACACUUUCAAAGCAAAUAAGAAUUAACCUUGUUCUGUUUUGUUAGUAAGCUAUAACUUCUUCUUAAUAGAUCUGAUAACCUGAAAGUUCAGUUUCGGUUUGGUAUCUUUGUGGUCCAAAUGAAACAAAAAUUAUUUAUGGAUCUGUAUUUAUUUGUCUAUCAAUGUUCGAAUAUCCCAUCAAUUCUGAAUAUCAGUUCUGUAUGAAAAUUAAUAUCGUGUUUCAUCAUAUGGCAUUUUGACGUGGUACAUUUCGUUUUUACUUUUAGGGUAUUUAGUGUUUGCUUUUUUUGUCAUACAUUUUCAUUAUUUGAUUUAAGCCUAAACUGAAUAUUUACAGAAGUGAACUGGCACAGACAAACCGGUACUACUAUUUUAGGUUUUCACUCCUGUUAUCAGUGCAUCACUGACGUCAUAUGACGCUAAUCAACUAUAUUUUUCAUUAUUUUUAUUUUUCUAAUUAUAAAUUAAAAUAAAAUUACACUAUUUUUCGUCUUCAUAUAUGCUAUUAAAAAAAAAAAAAAGGAGACGGAAACGACAAUAUUAGCGACAUCCAAAAUACAGUUCUAAUGAAUGUAUUACUGUUAAUGUUUUAGUGGCAAUAUCUAUUUAAUAGUAUUAAUGUUUACAAGCCAGUAAAUUAGUUAACAGUUGUUUAUUUUUUUACAUUAAAUACCACUACAUAAAUUUAUAUGCCCAAAAUUUAGUACCUAUACAAGCUAUGUAGUCAUAUUGUUUUCUUAUCCAAUGUUACAUCAUUGAAUUGGAAACUUAACAAUACAAGGAAUCCGUCAAUUUACGUGUUAUCCACAAGAGAUUUGUUGUAUGUUUCAGUAUUCAUCAAUUAUUUCUUACCAGAUGAAUAAUUUAUUAAAUAGAAUUAUGUUUUAUUUCCAUUUACUUUGUACAGGAAGUACUCUUGCAUAAUUCUAAUAUGUACAAAAUUACCGAUUAAUUUUUGUUUGUCAGAUUAACAUUAGUGUAUUUAGAUAGCACAUUACUUUAAUGUGUGGAUUUUUAUAUAUAUAUAUAUAUAUAUAUAUUGUUUUCGAGUUAAUAAGAGCCUUGUUAUGAUCAUCUAGCAUAUUAAAGCAUUUCUAUACAACAAGAAAAUGUUCACAUUGAACAACAACAUACUUCUGUGAAUAAAAUAUCGGUACAUUUUAUUUUGAAAGAAAAAGAUUGAUCUUAUUAGAAGUAUUUUUAGUAGUUGUGUAGGUAUACAGUCCUACAAAAUUAUAGUAUUAAGCUAAUAUGUUUCUAGUUGUCUCUUGUUUUUCUAUCUCAAUACUUAAACUGUCACACCAAAACAGUUGAUAGUAAAAUGCAAGAUAGCUAAUAAAAUCUAAUUUUAUUUAUUCCAAUCACAAACUUUUGGUUUAUCAUGCAUGAAUGAAUGUUUUGUAAGAUCCUCUUUCGCAAAUCAUUUCCAACUAUAAAUUUGAUCACUUCACCUGUAAUUUUGUACGAAAAUGUUUCUGCUCAUCAGAAUAAGUUCUUAUAGGUUUAUAGUUAAAAUCUGCUUUUGAUCGUUUUAAAAAGAAUAUACUGCAACUGAUUAACAUAUUCGGUGAGAAAAUACAACGAAAAAGAUUUGUACAUCAUUUUCAUUUUGAAAUAAAUGAUAACAGACAAUAUAAAACAAAAAACGUUUUGUUCUAGAAAGUGGUUGAGUAUUAUACAAUAUACCACCCAGGAAGGGUUAGAAAUAGAAAAGUUGCCUUAUUUUAGUGUGCAUGUAAGCUUUCUUGGCUUUGUUUCAAAUUAAUUCAUGUAGAAACUUAACUUGAUUUCUAUUUCUGUUUCUUUGCGAUCUUUUGAUUUUUUAAGGUGUUUGUUGGGGUCAUAUUUCCAUUUUGAAAGAACACCGAAUGCAUAAACCUUGAGUGUAGAAACCAUGAUUGAGACGUUCUAAAAACAUGACUAAAAAUAAAAAUGUUGAGUGAAUUCUUAUCGUUUUUAUCUAGUUCUCAAUUUUUUUUUGUUUUUCUAUCGAAGAUGUUUCAGAUAUUAAACGACUAUUUAAAAUUUUACUAGAUAUUAUUUUACCCAUAAUAUUUUCUGGUUAUCACCCUCAUUUAAAACAUAAUUGUCAGUAUUCUUUACCUAUUGUUUUCAGUCAUUUAAAACAUAAAUG